AUGACAAACUGGUCCGACCCUGCCGAGAUCGCCAAGGAGCUGCAGGCGGCCAAGCUCAUGGUCAUGAUCUGCCUGGGCUAUGCGGUGUGCGACCUGAGCUACACCUGGCGCUUCGAUCUCGACCUCAUCACGGGCAGGCGUGGCUCGCGCAAGUGGCCGCAGCUCCUCUACGUCCUUGCCAAGCUCGGUUUCUGGCCAUACAUCGCCGUCACCUUUGCCGUCGCCGAGCCGCCGGCCUUUUUGCAGUGCAACGCGCUGGUGUACGCCUCGGAGGCGCUCAUGGGCGUCAUGACCUGCUGCUGCUCCGGGCUGCUGGCCUUCCGCGCCGUCGCGGUGUGGAACGGCCGGGCGUUCAAGGUGGUCGCUUCCGUGGUCACCAUCCUCUUCCUCGCCCUCGUGGGCAUCUGGAUGGCGGGCGUGCCGGACGUCAAGGCCGUGUGGAUCGAGGGACCCGGGCCGGUGUGGAUCAAGAACCAGGGCACCUGCACCUUCCUGCCCAUCCCCAAGAUCUACGGCGUCAAGUUCAUCGCCACGGUCGUGUUCGAUGCCAUCGUGCUGCUCCUCACCGUGGCCGGCGUCAUGGCGAUGACCACGCGCUCGCGGAUCGGCACCAUCCUGGUCGAGCAGGGCAUCUUCUACUUUGGCGCCACGCUCGUCAUGAACGUCUUCCUCGUCUCGUUUACCUAUGCCGAGCUCAACCCGCUGAUGAGCAACAUCCUCAACGUGCCCACCCAGACCGUGUCGCUGAUUGUCGCGACGCGCCUCUACAUGAUGCUGUGCGACAAGGUCAAGCCGGUCGUGUCGUCGCAGGGGCAGGGGAGCUCCGGCAGCGGCGGCGGUGCGUACGGCUCGUCGCUCGGGUACAAGUCCAACGGCUCGUCGUCGACGGCGGGCGCCAAGAUCAAGAACGUCUUCCGCCUCAACAAGGACGACGGGCACGCUCUGCCCGAGGCGUUCGGGAUGCGCUCCAACUCGGAGAGCAACUCGGUCCAUCUGACUGUCGACGUCCACUCGGCGUCGCAGGAGAAGUUUUCGCUGUCCACAGGCAAGGACGACGACCUCGAGCUGGGGAGAGCCCACCCGUACGCGCACUCGCAGAUGAUGGCCCACGGCAGCCACCGGUCCAGCCCGGCGCAGGUUCAGGUGUCCGAGCAGAUGACAGUGGCCACCGGGCCGGUGCCAGCCUACCUCGACGGCCUGGAGGAUCUGCGAAAGAAGUAG